AGCUGCUUGGCUGAUGGCGCUCGUUCAUCUCUUCCUGCUUCUCUCGUUGAUCUCGGUAAGCUCAGGAGCCACCAUCGUAGCACGACUCAAUCCCGGUGGAACUCGACUCUCAUUGAGCGUUGGCACCCCUCCGCAAAAGCAGCUGCUAGCAGUCGAUCUAAAUGCCGAAACAUCCUGGCUCCCUUGCGGCAAGAACUCUUCCUUCGAACCAGGCAAGUCAUCUACAUUCUCCCCGCUUCCCUGUUCUUCGAAUGCAUGCUCCGGCCACUGCUCCAAAAACAAGUGCUUGCUGCCGAUAUCGCCGAAAACAUCCGUUCCUGCGUUCCAAGAGACGCUGACUGGCUUCACGGCUCCUGGCGGUGCCAAAGGUACCGCCAUCUUCGGCUGCGCCGCCGGAAAAUCUGUGGGCGUCGCAGCUUUGAGCAAGAACAGCUUUGCUCUUCCGCUCCAGAUCGCCUCCUCCUUCUCAGUCCCUCGAAAAUUCGCCCUGUGCCUUUCUCCCGACUCGCCAUCUUCGCUGUUCGUCGGAGAUGACUCCAGUAUCAUCAUCGGCGGGAUCAACAUCUCGAGCUUAGUCUCGUUCGUCCCAUUCGUCAGCAAUCCCGUGUUUCCAUCACGCUACUACCUCGAUCUCCGGACGAUCCAGACCGACUUCUCGGAUCUCAAGCUAGACCCAUCCCUGUUCUCCAUAAACCCAAAGACCGGCAUUGGAGGCCUCACCCUGAGCUCCACGAACAGGUACACGAAAUUCCCGACCCCGGUCUAUGCCGCCAUCGCGCAAUCCUUCAAGAAAUACGCCACGGCGUUCAACAUUUCGAUCGUCCCUGCCCGAAAUCUUCCCUUCGAUCUUUGCUUCAACGCGAGCGGCAUGAAUUUCAACCGGCUCGGCCCUGUUUUCCCUGCGAUCCAGCUCAUCUUCCGGAACAACAUACCCUGGAACCUGGUGGGUAGCAGGGUCAUCGAAUUCUUCCGCGGCAACGCAAUCGGCUGCCUCGCAAUCCAAAGCGCCGGCGAUCCACCCGCCACAUCCUCCAUCGGCCUGUUCCACCAGUUCGACAAUCUCCUCUACUUCGACCUCGCGCAAACGCGCUUCGGAUUCGUGGAUCGAUCGCUACACAUCCUCCGCCAGAGCUGCAAAUUCUCCUAGCCCUAACAAAGCUUUGCUCUGUUUUAAGGGUUUAUGGCUAGGUUUGCUAAUAAAGUGUAGUAAGUUUAGGGUUC